CGUGGGCCAUAUGUAAUCAAUUAUAGUUACAAAAAAAGAAAGACUUUCAACUCCAACACCUCCAAGAUUUUAUAAAUACAAACCCUUCUUCAGUCUUCUCACAAACCACAUACCAAAACAAGACAUAAACAAUCCAAACAAUGGAACUUUUACUUCCACACCCAUCAAACUCAACACCACUCACCGUCCUCGGCUUCUUAGACCGAGCCGCCUCCGUCUACGGUGACUGUCCCUCCAUCCUCCACACCACAAACACCGCCCACACUUGGUCCGAAACCCACAACCGCUGUCUCCGAAUAGCCUCGGCUCUCACUUCCUCUUCCCUCGGCAUCAAACAAGGCCAAGUCGUCUCCGUCGUGGGCCCUAAUGUCCCGUCCGUCUACGAGCUUCAGUUCGCCGUCCCAAUGUCCGGGGCCAUCCUAAACAACAUCAACCCUCGCUUAGACGCACACGCACUCUCUGUCAUCCUGCGUCACAGCGAAUCCAAGCUCGUUUUCGUCGACCACAACUCCAUCUCUUUAGUCCUCGAAGCAGUCUCGUUCUUGGGACAGCACGAGAAACCCCACCUCGUCCUCCUCCAUGAUGACGAUGAUUCUUCCUCUGCUUCGGCCGCAUCGGACUUUCUUGACACGUACGAAGGGAUCAUGGAGAGAGGAGACUCAAGAUUCAAGUGGAUCCGUCCACAAACUGAGUGGAAACCGAUGGUGCUCAACUAUACUUCUGGAACGACGUCGUCUCCCAAAGGAGUAGUGCUUAGCCACAGAGCAAUCUUCAUGCUCACUGUUAGCUCCUUGCUUGACUGGUCCUUACCAAACCGGUCGGUUUACCUUUGGACCUUACCGAUGUUCCACGCUAAUGGUUGGGGUUACACUUGGGGCACCGCUGCUAUCGGAGCCACAAACGUUUGCACACGGAGAGUUGACGCGCCAACUAUUUAUGACUUGAUCGAUAAGCAUCACGUGACCCACAUGUGUGCCGCACCGAUGGUUCUCAACAUGCUGACUAACUACCCCACCCGUAAACCGCUCAAAAAUCCGGUUAAGGAAGCUGCGGUGGUGGCUAAACCGGAUAAGAUGUGGGGAGAGACUCCGUGUGCUUUCGUGAGCUUGAAGUAUGAUAAUAACAAUGGUGAUGGGUCAGUGACUGAGAGGGAGAUUAGGGAGUUUUGUAAAACGAAGCUGCCUAAGUAUAUGGUUCCGAGGAAUGUGAUUUUUCAGGAGGAGCUUCCAAAGACUUCUACUGGAAAAAUUCAAAAGUUUCUUCUCAGGCAAAUGGCAAAGUCACUGCCUUGA